CACGUCACUGGCCGACAAUCCAAUUUCCACACCCGAGUGCUGUGUGUUAUCAUUUUCGGGGCCUUAAUGUGAGACGGGCGCCAUCAGAGGGGAAAGUGGUUCUGAAGAAGGGAAAUUAGCAGUUAAAUGUGGAGCGGGAUUGAGGAUGGAUUAAUUUGGUUCGUAAUGAUCCUCUUUUUGGAAGGCGGCAGAAAAACAAUUAGGCUUUUUUACUUGGGCAGUUGCUUUUAUAAGCCGCCCAUCUGAGUGAACCACAACAUGGCUUCAAACGUGUUCUCGUGCUCGUUAUUAACCAUGUAUUUGUUAAAUAUUACGCUAAAUAUGGCUCAUUACUCUCAUUAACAUAACUAUCGUUGACUUUGAUUCCUGGAUGAAGGGUGACUUUCAAAAGGAUAACCACCCCUGUGAGAUUUAAAUGUAUAGCUCAUUAGCAUUUGCUUUAAGUUACUAGAGUUAUAACCGUUUACGCAUUACACCGUAAUAUCCGUUUUCAGACAAUUACGAUGGCCUCCUCAGAGUGUUGCAAGUUGUCUCUGCUAAUCACCUCAUACGUUAGAGAAAUGCCUAUUUUUUUAAAUUUGGUAAUAAGAGGCGCCCGGUUCAGCUAAUUGUAUUCAUGGAGAUGCAGCGAUGUGUAUGUGGAUAGGAAUUCAUUUCGGUGUCCCCUGUGAAGGAAGAAUUACAUUAACAUUAAAUGAAAUGAGCUUAUGCUGGAUACAUAGGAAAUGCUAAACAGGGCGCGCACACACACACACACACACAAGCACGCACGCACACAGACACGCACACAGACACGCACACACACACACACACACACACACACACACACACACACACACACACACACACACACACACACACACACACACACACACACACACACACACACACACAAAGUAAUUGGGAUCCAUGCAUUCAUGUUUUAGACUACAAUAGAGAUUUUGGAUGAAGAUUUCACAAAAGUUUAUUUUUCACCAAAAUCUUCCCUUGUCUUAAGGAAAAUCCUCCCUUGUUUUAAGGGAUCUCUAGCUCUCUCAGUGUCCCCAGUAAAUAUUCCUCCUAAAUCACCCAUCUUCUGCUCUGUUUUCUCCUCUAUCCGCUGGAUCUUCUGGGUGGUUUGUUUAGGCUCACCAAGAUGUGCACGGAGUGGUUAAGUCGUUUCCAUCUGACGGUGAUCACUCAACGCGAAGAGGAGCAAUAUUUGGAGGACUUGUCCUAAAUGGAACGAUCUCGGUUCAUACUUAUUACUCGCUGAAGGAAAUAUUAUGAUUUUUGUGUUCAAUUUUUUUUCCUCCUUGAUUUAACGUCUUGAAGGAGAUAAAUGUGGGGCUUGCUUCUGAUUGCUGGAUUUCUACCUCCCAGUCGGGUCACGCUGAUUUCUGCUUCAACACCUCAUUGAAACAGUUAUGAAAUCCCCCAUUCAGACGAGAACCUGCUGAUGUGGUUACAUCUUGGCUUAAUUCUGCCUAUUGCUGCUGCUAAUGAUCCUAUCUGAGAAAUGAAGCCCUUUUAUUAAGACGCUUGCCUUUGUGGCCUUUGAUACUAUAUUCAUUUAAGGCAAUAUCGUUUGGUCAGCACUGUACGGCUGAGUCUUAAGGCACAGCGGCACGAGGUAAUCGGAUUAAGGAUGUGUUAGUCAAUACCCGAGUAUAUUUAGAUCUUUGUCGGGCAAAACAUUAGCCCCCGGGGGUCCCCUGGGGCGAAGAGACGAUGGCUCGUUUGCAACACGACACCAGGCCCGCGAGUUAAUUUGCAGUACUUAAUCCGCACCGGGCAUUUCAUCCAUUUUAAUAAUACCUCAUCCUGUUGUUGUCAUCCCCCCCCCCCCAGGGAUGACGUGCCAGGCGCGGACGUCGUACACGGAGGACGAGGUGCUGUGGGGCCACCGCUUCUUCCCCGUCAUCUCCCUGGAGGAGGGCUUCUUCAAGGUGGACUACUCGCAGUUCCACGCCACCUUCGAGGUGCCCACGCCGCCCUACAGUGUGAAGGAGGCGGAGGACGCCCUGCUGCUCUCCUCGCCGCUCCUGGCGCCGUCCCUGUGCAACAGCGGCGGCGGCGGCGACCGCAACAGCUCCCUGGACGGCCUGGAGGCGCUGGAGGACAGCGACUCCACGGCCAAGCUGCCCACCAAGCUGCAGAAGAUGACGGGCGGGGGCUGCCGCGACGGGCUGCCCCGCAAGCUGCUGCGCAUGAGCUCCACCACCUCGGAGAUGACCUACAGCCUGGGCGACCUGCCCAUGAAGCUGCAGCGCAUCAGCUCGGUGCCGGGCGUGUCCGACGACAAGCUGCUGCUGGGGAAGGCGUCCAAAAUCGGCAGCGAGCCCAUGAGCAAGUCGGUGGCGGACUUGCCCCCCAAGCUGCAGCGGCUGGCCGGCGGGGGCAGGAUGGACGGACACCUGCCGCCCAAACUGAGGAAAAUGAAUUCGGACCGCUUCACGUAAAAGAAGCGCGGAAAGACGGUAAACGCGCGCCGGCGACGGACGAUGGACCUGACUCGCGUGAGUUUGACUGAGCUCAGCGAAACCCAGACUGAACUUCUCCGUUCCUACUUAACCUCCCCACUCCUUGUAUUCCUCCUGAUUUAUCUACCGGGACAUAAAGGACAUAGUAGUAUACAGACGUGUGCACAUAUACCUUAUAUCAAGUAGGGUGAUGGAGUGUGCCACUUCGAUCCUGGAUGUGAGUACACACUCUGAGAGACCGCCGAGGUGAAUUUCAGGACGAUGUACGAUUAGCACAAUCAGGCAUGUAACAAACACUUAGCGCAUGUAGAGCAGACUCUCAACUAUUUCUGGCAUGACAUUUAUUGAUAUAUCAUUUUACAAAGAUGAUUUUUUCUGUUGGUGCAUUUGCUGAGAGUGGAGAGUUGCACAAAGCCAUAUGGGUAGAGAGAUUUGGACGGCCGGCAUUACACGGUCGCAAACUUGUGGUGACAGACACAUACAUUUGUUUUUCAGUUUAUUGCUUUUGUUGUUUACUGUAAAAGUUGUGGCAACGUUUUGUUGAUUGCAUGCUACUCCUAAUGACUUAGCUAGACAAAGGUAAUAGACAAGAUGUUUAGCCUUAACUAUAUUACCUUGUUUCCAUUACCAUUUGUUCACAAUUGUAUUUUUGGUAUUUCAUGUACAGGAUAUUUUACCAUGUGCAAUUUUAUGAACUUAUGAGUUGAUUACAUAUGCUGCUGGAUUAUGUAUUUUAUAAUGCAUGAUCUACCUCAUAUGACCUGUUGGGACUGGGCAUACUGCUGGCCAACACACACACACACACACACACACACACACACACACACACACACACACACACACACACACACACACACACACACACACACACAGACACGCACACACACACACACACACACACACACACACACACACACACACACACACACACACACACACACACACACACUAGUGGCACUUAAGUUGAAAGUGUUAAAGCUGGUACUUAUAAGCACAAAAUUAUCAUUAUCUCUACCCUUUGUUGAAAAUGCUUUUUAUGCCCACAUCAUAAACACAUUAGUCAGCUGCAGCAAUCCCUACUCUCUGUUACACUCACAACAAGUCACAAUCUAUAUGCCAGAAAACAAUAAUUUAUACCUCAACGUGUAAAUUAAAAUUUCAACUUGAGUGUUACUGUUUACUCAUAUAUUCCACGGUGGGCCUAUAAUACUAAGGAAGAAGUCACCACCUAUGUCUUAAGAUUACAUUCCCCCUCCUCUUAAUGAAAGCAAUAAUGUUGCCUAUAUGAUGACUAUAACCUUUAUAUAGCCACAGGGUCGAUAGGCCAAGGUCCAUUUGUUAACAGUGUCCAUGCCAAAAAUACACUAAAGCUGGUUCCUCCCCAACUCAUCAAAGGCAUUGUAUGAUACUCACCCUUUUCAGGAAUAAAGAUCUAAAAUACAUAUUUAACCGCGACUAGUUUCAGUUUAAACACCUUUAUAACAGUGGUCUACGAAUCACAGUACAUCCGUUUGACCAGCCAGUAUGUUGUCACGAUAGAGCCAACUUGAAACUGAAACCAUUGGAGAGUUAUUGAGUUCAUGCUGAUGUUAGCCCCGUUUCUAGUCCGACUUUAGUUCCAAUAAAUCACCUACAAUAUG